AACAAUGGCAAAUACAAGUUUCUUCCUGCUGCGAACAGUAGUAUAGAAAGAUGUUUGUUGUGUUUAACUGUUUGCACUAUGUCACAAAAAUCAUGUAUAGAACUUAAUGAGAUUCGCAAGCUAGACGAAAUACUACGUCAAUGCGAAAUCUACGUAUCUAAAAACAAGCAAACGCCUCUCUUGGAAGCACGCAAAAAAAAAUUCGCCCACCAAACGCUAUCAUCUACGAAACUGCAGAAAUUCGUGGAACGCGAACUGUUUGCUUUGAUGUGCACAGCAAACAAGAUGAACAAGAAGAGUGUCUUCGUUUCCGACAUAUUAAUGAAUUCGAAUUUAUUGUCGUACAAAGAUGAAAACGGCAAAUAUUUCUUGCGUAACACUUGCCAGAAGACACCGAAUAAUGUUCGUAUGUAUCAUAAGAUAUCGCGCACAAAUAUGGACGACGAUGAUGACGAGUUUCUCUAUCGGAAAUGUGCUAAAACCGAGGUAUCCCAGAAUUGUUUGGAAAACAUUAAAAACUGUUUACAUGAGAAUCUGAAGCAAGGUAAAAAAUAUCGAUCUGACACCUACGAGGCUAUGUUGCAUAAGAGAAAGGAAAGUCAUCAACAGCAGCAAUUGCAGCUGCAGCAGCAGCAGCAGCAGCAGCACCAGCAGCACCAGCAUCAACAACAACAACAACAACAACAAAUGCAUCAACAGCAACAACAACAGCAACAAGCACAGCAAGUACGCCAUUUGUCGCUACAUCCGCCCGCAAUUGCAGCAGAGAACUGCAGUUUGCGACCACCUCCAACAGCCGACAAACUGUUAGAAGGCGGUCGGUCGCCUUCGUGCGAUAAAUGCGAAAAACAAAAGCACAAAGCGGUUCUUAUACAAACUGGAAGCGAUAAUCUAAGCGAGAAAAGCAAAAAAACCACAAAAACCGAACCAUAUGCAAAUCAGGAUCACGGCUAUUCCAAAUCUACAGUUCAGAGCAGUUGCCAGACCACGCCCGAAGAGAGACGCAAACAUUUAAAUAACAAUAGCAGCAGUCGCUACAAGUUUUCUUCGCAGAUAUUCGGUCGUAAGCUCUCUUCAAAGCAUGUCAGCGAGCAUGGGGAGGAUACCAUGGAUAAAGAGGCUUUGUUAAGUCCAAAAUUGGAGAUAAAAUUCCCCGAUCCUGUCGAGACGGUGUUAUCUUUAGGGGCGAACGUACUGCCCGAGCAAAAGAAUAUGAGCGCUAAGACCCAUCGCUGGACGAUUUUGCAUUAUUCGCCAUUCAAGGCGGUUUGGGAUUGGAUUAUUUUAAUUUUGGUUAUGUACACGGCCAUAUUUACACCCUAUGUAGCAGCGUUUCUAUUAGGCGAACAGGAUUAUCAAAGGCGUACGAAUAAGUAUAUAAACAGUGAUCCAAUUGUUGUUGUGGACUUAAUAGUCGAUGUCACUUUUAUCGUCGAUAUACUUAUUAAUUUUCGUACAACAUUCGUGAAUGGCCAAGACGAAGUAGUCUCUCAUCCCGGCCGUAUAGCGGUGCAUUAUUUAAGCGGUUGGUUUUUAAUCGAUUUGGUGGCAGCUAUACCGUUUGAUUUACUGUUAGUAGGCAGUGACACCGAUGAGACCACGACAUUGAUUGGGUUGUUGAAGACGGCUCGUCUAUUGCGUUUAGUGAGAGUGGCUCGGAAAAUUGAUCGUUAUUCGGAAUAUGGUGCUGCCGUUUUAGUUCUAUUAAUGGCCACAUUUGUGCUAAUCGCCCAUUGGUUGGCUUGCAUAUGGUAUGCUAUUGGUAAUGCUGAACGCAUUAUGUUAACGAAAAAUAUUGGGUGGCUUCAUACCCUUGGCAAUGAUAUUGAAGAGCCGUAUUUUGAAAAUAAAACAGGUGGACCUUCGAUUAAGUCGCGAUAUAUAACAGCUUUAUAUUUUACUUUUACUUCGUUAACUUCGGUUGGCUUCGGUAAUGUGGCCCCGAAUACCGAUGCUGAAAAGAUUUUUACUAUCUGUGUCAUGUUGGUUGGAUCUUUAAUGUAUGCCAGUAUCUUUGGUAAUGUAUCUGCCAUAAUACAACGUUUGUAUUCGGGUACAGCACGUUAUCAUACGCAAAUGUUAAGGGUACGAGAAUUCAUAAGAUUUCAUCAGAUACCCAAUCCUUUGAGACAACGUUUAGAGGAGUAUUUUCAACAUGCUUGGACCUAUACGAACGGCAUAGAUAUGAAUUCGGUAUUGAAAGGUUUUCCCGAAUGCCUUCAAGCAGACAUAUGUUUACACCUCAAUCGUAAACUAUUAACAACAUGUCCGGCAUUUUCAGAAGCUAGUCCAGGAUGCUUAAGGGCCUUGUCGUUAAAAUUUAAAACUACUCACGCACCGCCCGGCGACAUUUUGGUACAUAAAGGCGAUGUACUGACCUCUUUAUUUUUUAUCGCGCGCGGUUCCAUUGAAAUACAAAAGGAUAAUAUCGUAAUAGUUAUACUCGGAAAAGAUGAUAUAUUCGGUGAAAAUCCUUGCAUUUAUCCAACCAUAGGUAAAUCGAAUGCGAACGUUCGUGCCUUAACUUAUUGCGAUUUGCAUAAAAUUCAUCGUGACGAUCUGUUGGACGUUUUACAUUUAUAUCCGGAAUUUUUCGACAGUUUUGUUAAUAAUUUGGAAAUCACUUACGUUAUGCGGGACGAAUUCACUUCCGGUGUAGAUGUUAAACAUAAAUAUUUACGAGUCAAAUCAUUGGAUAAGGAGAGAAGUACUAGUGACAUUAAUUCAUUAAGAAUCGUUGGUUUGCAUUACAAGACCAAUAUGAAAGGUUUUAUGCGCGAUAAUGCUCAAAAAGAAACACCCGAUGUUAAUAUCUACGUGGGUAAGGACAGUAACAACUAUAAGAUACAGAAAAAUGGUAAGCUUUGAAGAAAUUCGCUGAUUUCUUUAGAUUUUCACUUUAAUUUUCACUUUAAAUUUUCACUUAAUACAUAGGUAAAUAUUUUGUUUUUAUGUUUCUACAUUUUCAGAAUACUUUUAAGAUCAAAAAUCUCUGUCAAUGUCAGCUUACGACGGAACAUGAGCGUUGAUAUAUGCAAAAACUAAUUUGAGCUAAAAAAAUUAAUUUUAUCAGCUCCA